GGCUGGCCACGUUUCGCUAGACCUGGAACAAGCUCGCUCGGCAGUAAUUUUUAUGUUCUUAAUCCUUUACCACGUUGUCUAAAUAAUUUGUUUCAAAAAUGAGUGCAACAGCACCAACCCCUGCUUACAAAAUUGGAAUAGUAAAGCAGGUAUUAUCGGGAGAUACAAUUAUCAUUAGAAAACAGCCCCAAGGAGGUCCACCGCCAGAGAAAGUGAUCGCUCUCUCGGGCAUUACGGCGCCGAAACUAGCACGUCAAAGAACUGCCAACAAUGAUUCUGAAACAAAAGAUGAACCAUUUGCAUGGGAAGCUCGAGAAUUUCUUAGGAAGAAGUUGGUUGGAAAAGAGGUUAUUUUUACAGCAGAAAAACCCCCUAACUCUGCUACCAGGGAGUAUGGAUCUGUGUGGGCUGGAAAGGACCCGACAAAAAGUGAAAAUAUGACUGAAGCUUUGUUAGCUGAAGGGCUUGUAAAAGUAAGGGAAGGAGGGCGUAACAUUCCCCAACUGAAAAGACUUGUUGAGAUUGAGGACCAAGCAAGAUCGCAAGGUAAAGGUAUAUGGGGUUCUGAUCUGCAGAACCAUGUUCGAGACAUCAAGUGGAGCAUUGAAAGCCCUAAACAAUAUGUAAAUAAAUUCAAUGGACAACCAAUUAAAGCCAUCAUUGAAUAUGUCAGAGAUGGUUCUACAGUCAGACUUUGUUUGCUGCCCGAUUAUACGCCAAUUACAUUGAUGCUUUCGGGGAUUAGAUGCCCUGCUGUAAAACAAGAUGGCGAAUCAGAGCCUUAUGCAGAAGAAGCUCGUUUCUUUCUUGAAUCAAAACUACUUCAAAAAGAUGUAGAAGUAAUACUUGAAUCUGUCAAUAACAAUAAUUUUGUGGGAACAAUCUUACACCCUCAAGGAAAUAUUGCUGAAGCACUAUUAAAACAAGGUUUUGCGAGAUGUGUUGACUGGUCUAUUGCAGUAAUGAAAUCAGGAGCAUCAACAUUAAGAGCAGCAGAACGUGCUGCUAAGGAAGCCAAACUUCGCAUCUGGACUAAUUAUGUCAGUAACGCACCUGUUAUUGCUGCUAAAGAUAAAGAAUUUACCGCCACUGUGAUGGAGGUUGUAAACGGAGAUGCCCUUGUUGUGAAGCUUCCAACAAAUGUGCAGAAAAAAAUAUUCUUAGCUAGCAUCCGGCCACCUCGUGAAAAGUGAGCUAUAUUUACCACACAAUAAAAAUAUGCAGAUGAAGAAAAUAAGCAAUCACAGAGGCCAAAAGGUUUUAAACCACUUUACGAUAUUCCAUGGAUGUAUGAAGCUCGUGAAUUCUUGAGGAAAAAGUUGAUUGGUAAAAAAGUCAAUGUGACUGUUGACUACAUUCAACCUGCAAAGGAUAACUUCCCAGAAAAGACUUGUUGUACAGUUAUAGCAGGAGGAAUUAACAUAGCUGAAGCUUUAGUUAGCAAGGGAUAUGCGACUGUUGUAAGAUAUAGAAAUGAUAAUGACCAGAGAAGUUCUCACUAUGACAAAUUACUUGAGGCUGAGCUUAAAGCUCAAAAAGCAACUAUUGGUGUCCAUGCUAAAAAAGACAUCCCAACUCAUCGUAUUCAAGAUACAAGUGGGGAUUUGGCUAAGGCUAAAAAAUUUUUCCCAUUCUUGAAGAGAGCUCAAAAAACAGAGGCAGUUGUGGAAUUUGUUGCUAGUGGAUCACGUAUGAGACUUUAUAUUCCCAAGGAGUCAGUCAUUGUCACUUUCUUACUAGCUGGUAUUAACUGCCCAAGAGGUGCACGCCCAGCUAUAGGAGGUGGUGGAAUGCAGGAAGCUGAACCUUUUGGUGAAGAAGCUUUGCAAUUCACGAAAGAAAAAUGUCUUCAACGUGAUGUCAAUGUUACAAUAGAAGAAAUGGAUAAGGCUGGCAACUUUAUUGGGUGGUUAUGGAUUGAAAACGAAAACUUAUCUAUUUCUCUUGUGGAGCAUGGUCUUGCAUCGAUGCAUCACACUGCUGAAACUAGCGAGUUUGCUCGGACAAUUAAGAAUGCGGAAGAAAAUGCCAUCAAGAAGCGCAUUGGAAUUUGGAAAGAUUACGUUGAAGUAGAAAAAGAGGUAGAAAAAGAGCGCAAUGUUCCUGUCCAGGAUCGUGUUAUUAAAUAUGAAAAAGUGAUUAUUACUGAAAUUACAAAUGAGGGUGUUUUCUAUGCUCAAAACAUAGAGUCGGGAAACAAAUUGGAAGCUUUGAUGGAUAAAAUACAUCAGGAAUUUAAAACUAAUGCUCCUCUUCCUGGAUCACAUGUAGCAAGGAAGGGGCAAAUAUGUGCCGCGCGUUUCAGUCUUGAUGAUCAGUGGUACAGAGCUAAGGUUGAGAAGUUACUGGAAGACAAAAUGGCUCAAAUAUUCUAUAUUGAUUAUGGAAAUAGAGAGGUUCUGAGCCAAACUAGAUUAGCUCCAUUGCCAGCGGGCACCGAAAGGGAACCACCGUAUGCGACGGAAUACACACUGGCGGGUGUUAAGUUCCCAUCCGAUCCCGACGACCGUCACGACGCGGUACGCGCCUUUUCUCUGGACGCGCUAAACAAGAAGCUGCUUCUCAAUAUAGAGAUUCGUGGCUCCCCACCGGCUGUUACCCUCGUCGAUCCUGCUACUAAUACCGAUAUUGGCAAGAACCUGAUCAAGGAGGGUUUGGUGCUGAUGGAGAACUCGCGUGAGUACCGGUUGAGCAUCAUGCUUGCGGAGUACCGCGCGGCGCAGGACCACGCCAAGAUGUCGCGCCUCAACCUUUGGCGGCACGGCGACAUCACCGACGACGAUGCCGUAGAGUUCGGCGCUCGUCGCUAGCGCGAGCUCGUCUGGUACGACGCCUCCCUCGCGCCUUCUCACACGCUCUCCUGCGCCACGUGCAAGGCGCCGUACAUUGAAACUAUCAUCUUCACCGUCAUCAUAGACUUUCUGUAAAGGCAGCAAGAACGACGUACCGAACAUUUUGAACUAAUUAAUAAUAAGAUAUAUUAUGUGUUAUCAUCCUUCCAUACUUUUUGGACUGCCUUCCCGGAUAUCAAUUACUGUCCUGAGUAAUGAUUAUGAUCGAUUUUUGAAUGUAAAUGUUGUUUGUAAUAAUAAACUGUGUCUAUCCCAUAAUCUCCGCGCAGUCGCCGCGCGCGGCCGUGUCGGUAUUCUUCACUCGCUGUCGACGCAUCAGUCUGACGUGUGCGGCAUGUUGACCUCGACCGAGAGGGAAUCUUUGACCCUUUUUUUCGUACCUAUCCUAAUACAAUAAUCACUUUAGAUAUUCUCUACAUAUUUUUAUAUUUCGCUAAGAUAAACUGAAUUAUUAAUAUUAAAUAGUAAAUUAUACAUAGAUUAUGAUAGAGAUGAGUAUUUAAGACUUGUCAAUAUUUAAUUUAUAAAAUCAUAUUAUCGUAUACAAUUUGAUGGAAUAAAUGUUAGAUUAUUAAAUUUUCAAUUGUUAUUUUACUAUUUAUUUACACCGCAUAAUUAAUUGACUGUUGUUCUGAUGUGAGUUGAUAGUAUAUAUUUGAUGUGUUGUAAAGAAUUCACUUUGCUUGGGAUGUUGCAGUAUCGAUCUCUUGUCUUAUUUCUAUUGUUACAUGAUACUAGAUUGUAUAUUUUGUAUCUGUCUAAGGCUCAUUCAAAAGAUAAAUUGAAAACAACAAUGUGUAAUAUUAGCUAAGUGUGAAUUUUAUCUAAAGUAAUAUAAUAUGGGAAGUCUGAGUGUAGUGGUAAUUUAUAAUUUUUUUUUUACUUUAUUAUUGUUUAUUAUUUUAUUAAACAAUUGUUCUAUACAAUGUAAGAUUAUUUUGUGUACUUAUGAUUAUAUUGUUUUGUACACUUACCUCUCUUCCCGAAGUGUUUUUUUUUACUCCAUAUUAUAAAUUUCGUUUACUCUUUUCGAGAGUACCAAACGGUGCAUGGAUUGUUAAUUAAACUCGGUAUAAUGAAAUAAAUAUUUUAGGAAAUA